AACCGAUGGUUAUUAAUUUUGAGUUUCCGAUUGCUGAGUUGCUUACAGAAUAUGAAUUAAAUUUGUAAAAUCAUUUUCAAGUUAAUUUUUCGAUGAGGAAAUUCAUUGUGUAAAAAUUACAUGGUUAAUUCAUUAUUUACUUAUUUUUCUCUUAUAUUUUCGUGACAUAUUUUUUUUAUUUAACUAAACCCUCCAAAAUGAUGCAACAGUAUAUGAAAGAAAUGGAACAGGAUCCAUAUGAUCCUGAUGAGUUUGUUGAACGUUUGGCCUAUCGAGUAUUUGGAAAUAGUGCUGAUUGUGAUAACAUUCUAGUAGAUGAAGUACAGGAAACGUUUGUUCAAGCCAUAAAAGAUUUGAAAUUUUUACAAGAACGUCAAAAGAAAAAAUGUGAAAAACUAGAACGAGUUUGUCGUGAUAAAGAAUCUUUAUAUUUUGGACAAAUUCAAAGUCUUCAAGAACAAAAUAAAGCAGGAAUUAUAGCAUUUCAAAAUUUAGAUGAAAGAAUAAACUAUGUAGCAACUAAAGUUAUUCAUGUUGGCGAUCAACUUGAGUCAAUUAAUACUCCACGUUCAAGAGCUGUGCAAGUUCAUAAGCUUAUUGGGUAUCUAUCUGAGUUCAUGUCUGCUGGUCCCUUGUCAGUAGAUAUUUUUAAUGAUCCAACAAAAGUUGAUGAAGCUGCUGAUGUGAUACAAAAACUAUUUCCCAUAGCCCAAGAGCUGCCUCCUGGCAGAUACGAAGAAGCAAAAAUGAAAAUAGCAAAAAAAUAUGAUGAGAUUGAACGUUUGCUAAUUGAGGAAUUUAUUAGACAUCAUUCACGAAAAAACUUGACUCGUAUGAAAGAAGUUGCUUCAAUAUUAACUCAUUUCAAAGGGUAUUCUCAAUGUGUAGAUGCAUUUAUUGAAUACAGUCAAGCGAACUCGCUUUCUGGGAAAAAUUUGUUUGCUGAUAUAGUUCCUGUAUGCGAGGAAAAUCUACAAAUCAUCGCAGAAGUAUUUUCUAAUCCUGAUCAAGUUAUGGCUAAAUUUGUUUUAAACAUAUAUCAGCUCAAACUCCAGAAUCAUAUUGCUACAGUAUUAUCUGAAGAAAAGGGUACUGCAAGUUUUUUAGAAAAGCUUUCUCAGCUACAUAAAAAAACUUCCAUAUUAUCAAAGAAUCUUUCACAUUUCAAUCUAGGCAAUGACGAUAUGUUUUUAAAUAAACUACAGCAUAAUAUAUUUCAGAAGUACUUGGAUUCAUAUUUUAGUUCUGAAAUAAAGAAUCUCAAAGAUAAAUGUUUAACAAUGUUGCAAAAAUUUUACGAAUCUAAGGGUCAUCAGAAAAAACAAAUUCAAGCUGGAGGAUUUCAGGAGUUACGUAGAGAUUUGCAAACCGUUAUCAGUACACGAGCAAACUUCAACAUUAUGCGCAUUGAAAAUUAUGGCGGUGAAACAUUUUUAUCAGAAGAUGUAGCCGCAUUGUUACUACAAGAAUUCAAUCAUGCACUGGAUAGGUGUUGUACGCUUUCUCCCUCGUCUGAUAUUCCUUCAAACUGUUUUCAAAUAUUUGAAGUAUUAACGACUUAUUUGAUUGAAGAGUAUGUGGACUAUGGGUUAGAAUUAGCAAUACAGUCGGUGCCAAUUCCAGAAGCUAAAACUCACGAUCCCCCAAAUGUUUACUUCUUCGAUGUAGCAAAACAAGUUAAUACAAUAAUUAUUUUAUUAGAAAAACAGUUUUCAGAUAUAUUGGUUCCUUUAAUUAUAACAACUCCUAAGUAUUCACAGUGUAAUAGUUUAAAGAAAAAGCAAUUGGAACAAACGGAAUCUAAGAUUGAUUUUGGUCUCGACAGAUCAUUAAAUGCAAUCACAGGAUGGAUAAAAAUAUGUCUUGCAACUGAACAAAAAAAAACUGAUUUCAGGCCGGAAACUGAUAUUGACACCAUGACAUCUGUUGCUUGUAAAUGUGUAGUUCAAUAUUUAAAUAGUAAUAUCAAACACAUACGUCAGUGUCUUGACGUAAAGAAUGCUGAUCUAGUAUUGGCUGAACUUGGAGUCAGAUUUCAUCGUGUAAUAUACGAACAUUUGUUACAAUAUACUUACAACUCAGCUGGUGCUAUGUGUGCAAUUUGUGAUGUAAAUGAGUACAGAAAAUGUGUGAAAGAUUUAGGCUCGCCUCUAGUAAUCAACUUGUUUGAUACAUUACAUGCUUUAUGUAAUUUGUUGCUAGUGAAACAUGAAAAUUUAAAACAAGUUUGUUACGGUGAUACACUGGUUGGUUUGGAUUAUUCAAUUUUAAGUAAUUUCAUACAACUACGCAGUGACUUUAAAUCACAAAAGUUAUCGGCAUUGUUAAAAAAUUUGACAUCUAGAUGAUAUCCAAUGGUAUUACAAUACAACCAAAUUGCUUGACUUCAUUACACUAUACACAAUGUAAUAACUGGAGAUUUACUUUUGGUGUUGAAAGUUAUAAUAAAUUCAUAGGUAUAAAUAAUUUAUUCUGUUACACUGUUAAAUAUUAUUUGGUUAUGGCCAAUAAUUCAGAUCAAUAUAAGGAUUGACAUUUGUAAUUUAUAAAUGAUAAAAAGUAAUUCAAACUAAUGUCUUUAACAAUAUUUUAUAUUUUGCUACAAAAAUGU